AUGGAUGACCCCGAGAAAAAAGACGAUGCUCUCCGCAGGGAUAGCGAUAUUGUCGCAGUCUCCGAUGGCUAUACCGUUGAAGAGGAAAAGGCAGUGUUGCGCAAAAUCGAUAUGGUGAUCCUACCUUUCAUGUGCUUCGUAUUCUUCCUACAAUAUCUUGACAAGCAGAGCCUGAGCUAUGCGGCGGUUUUUGGCCUUAUUGAUGAUCUGAAUUUAACCAAUUCACAAUAUUCAUGGUCUAGUUCAAUCUUCUAUGUGGGCCAGCUUGUCUCCGAAUACCCCUUCAUAUAUCUAAUGAGCCGACUCCCACUUACCAAAUUUGUUGGCGCAACCGUCAUUAUAUGGGGGGUCAUCUGCAUGUGCCUGGCUGCACCGAACAAUUUCGCCGGUUUUGCCACAGUUCGUUUUCUUCUCGGAUUCAGUGAGGGUGCCGUGUCCCCAGCUUUCGUUACGAUCACCGGUAUCUGGUACCGAAAGAAGGAGCACACAGUUCGAACUGCUCUUUGGAUCACCAUGAAUGGACUGGCACAGGUCAUCGGCUGCCUGCUUAUGUACGGUAUCGGAAAGAACAAGUCCUUGGCAAUCGCACCUUGGCGAGUGCUCUUCCUCAUUUGCGGCGCUCUUACAGUCGUCGCUGGUAUCGGCUUUUUCUUGCUGAUGCCGAGUGGGCCCAAGGAUGCCUGGUUCCUCAAUGCACGUGAAAAGAAAGUCCUGUCUCUCCGUAUGGCUGAAGAUCGCGAGGGUGGAGACAAAACCUCAUUCUCGAUCCCCCAGCUCAAAGAGGCGAUACUGGACCCCAAGGCUUGGGUAGUCUUCUGGUUUGGCGUCCUGGUAACUAUGCAAUCACCUGUCUUGACAUUUGCAUCCCUCGUCAUCCAAUCUAUUGGCUAUACCCAGCUGGAAACUAUGCUAUACACUGCUCCUUCAGGGGCAGUACAAGUGUGCUUGCUUUGGAUUGGAACUGCUUUAGUUUACUGGUUCCCACUCCAGCGAAACUUGAUAGUUCUUCUUUUGAUCAUUCCACCGUUCAUCGGAACAAUAUUUUUGAUGAAACUUGAAGUGGCAGCUGGGUGGGGUCUCAUCGUGGCUGCUUGGAUGUCAUCUUGUAUAACUGCUUCCAUGUCCAUACUUCUAUCUUUAUCGGCCUCGAAUGUCAAGGGGAAUACAAAACGUGCAAUCGUCAAUACGAUGUUCUUCAUCGGAUAUUGUGCAGGCUGCAUCGGUUCACCACAGUUAUGGACUCAAAAGCCACGCUACACCGAGGGCGUUAUCACUUCCAUUGUGACAUGGUGCCUUCUCUUCAUGGCAGUCAUUCUAUAUCGCUUCCUAUGUGCAUCCGAUAAUACAAAACGUGACUCGGACAUGAGCUCGAAUGCUGCUGCAGCUGGGCUUGAAUUCCAACUCGAUGGGAACGGGCUACCAAAGGAUGAUUUUACUGAUAAGGAGGACAGGAAUUUUCGUUAUGCAUUGUAG